UUCGUAAGAUUGACGUUGAAGGUUUUCCGCGAAUCUACUCUUUUAGUGGUUCCAAUUGAGAGUUUCAAGGUCCCCUUGGUAACGUCAAAUUCUAAAGCUCUAGUUUUCUUCGUUUUCCAUGUGCAAUCAAACAUCAUCCUCGCUUCACCCAGCACUCCGUCCGUCUCGCACGUCGACGAACGGCUCUUCCAUCGUUUCCAAUCAAUCACCUCUUUCCCACAUGUCGUUGUGCACGGCGGCGGCCAUGGCGGCAACGGCUUCAUCUGAUGUGACCACGACAUUGUCGUACUGUGGCGGGCGACCAGACCACCCAACUGCCUUGGUAACUGACAGGAACACCGCUCUCAGUCUGCUCCUGCGGCUUCCGCUAGAGCUGCGGCUCAUGAUAUAUGAGUAUGCCACCUACGCUGGCAAACCCAUUUGGCCAGAGCAAGUAGCGCCUGGCUCAAACAAAUUCACCUGGGGAGAAAAUGAGGUCCAGCCAGCCUACAACCACCCUGGAUGGAGUAUGGACGUGAAAGUUCCCAAGGAGGGGGAUCGACUGGUGUUUCCCAAACUCGCCAUAGUCUGCCGCCAAAUCUAUCUCGAACUGGAGACAUGGCCAGUGUUCUACCGGGUCAACCAAUUCUGCUUUCGAGUGCCCAACUCAGGCCUGGUGCGUUCCUCGACGUGCGUGGACAAGAUAGGGCUGCAUCGUUUCCUGGCUGCACUCACACCAGCCCGACGGAAUAUGAUCCGCCACAUCAAGGUUUCAUCCUUUCAAUGCCUGGAACAGAUCGACAACAUACUCAACCCGCGUCCCGGAGUACAUCUCAUUCCUGACCAGCUCAUGCCCGACGACCUCUUCAUAUCUCGCCAGUUCUCGACCGUGCAGAGAAUGUCUGACACGUUCGUUCUCCUAACCCAGUGCACCCAGCUUCGAGAGCUCCAGCUCACUUCCAAAUUUGAGCCCAAUGGGAAGUGGACGAAACAGCCCUCCUCCCCCAACCCGCCGUGGGACUAUCUCAGCAACAUUCUUCAAUUAUGUCGUGAGGUGAUCCGAUUUCAAGGCGUUGGUUGGUCCUACUUCAGUCUGCCGGGUUUUCAAUACGUUGUGGCACUACCAGGCCUUGAUCUCGAUCUCUUCGACGGCCAGCACAUUCACAAGAUCCCAAAGGGGACGGAGGACUGGCUUAAGAGUACCGACCACCUGGACGAAAUCAACCAAGUCAAGGACAUCUUUACCUCUUACAAAAAGCGUGUCGCAUCAGAACCUGAGGCUCUGAAAAACCUCGUCAGUGACUUAAUGCUUCAGGACUCUGUACGAGCUUCCAAGCUUGACUUCCCGGGUGAGGCACGCAAGGCUCCAGAUCUCCAUGCUAUCCCCGGCCCGAUUUCCAAACGGACCCGGGGCCAGGCCAAAGGGCUGAGAGGUAUAUCCCGGUGGGGAACGCUUAACGAUGGCAAACAACAAAAAUAUGACCUCGAAGGUCGACUCGUGUGGAACAUAUCCAAAGUUUGCAAUGCGAGAUGGCGCGAGGACUGGGAGACCAUUGAGGUGGAGGUAGAAUGGCUGCAGCCUGGAAACGGUCCCGCGACCUCUUGGGAGGAGCUCUACACGAUCUCCACACGCUGGGGUCUCUUUACUCUCGAGAACUUUUACCGACACGUAUGGGGCAUGAACAGGAUCAACAUUGCAGAGGUUCUGCGAAUAUUACAAAGUCUUCCGACGCCCAAGGACGUCAUCGAUGCGGUCCAGACCAUUGGCUUUGGCGAGGACGAGUACACGCACUCCAAAAAUUGGAAGCAGACGAUCCGGCGCUGGAGAGAUUGGGACGUCAGGUGGAAAAGAGACAUCGAUAAAUUUGAAAAACUGGCGGCCAAGAUCAACCAGCAGCAACACCAAGUUGCGGCAAAGAAGGGCAGGCCGGCCAAGAGGCGCAGAUUGGCAAAAUGCGCGAAGACGGUCAAGUGCGCUUUGAGUACGGAGACCCUGCCGACGAUUGAAGUGAAGACACUCCCGACUAGAAGUACAAGCCUUGGGGUUGCAUACAACGCCUCGACUUAUCGCAACUGUCGACAAUCGCUGAAGGUUUGAAGAUGGCUCAAAUAUCCCAGUGACUAGCCUAUAUUCGAGGAUGAUCGGCCACGACGCGACGUGACAUAGAGCGAG